GCACGAGGUUAACCAACCAAGUUGUAAUCGUAACUUCCAUGUGAAUUUUAUUUCGUUCGGGUUGACCUAGGUAGAUUGGAUGAGCUACAAGCAGCGUGGUCCAUGCCAGACGCGUAUAUAAAUUUCGCCAUUGCCGUAUGGCGGCUGGGAGUUUUCGUCUCUCGAUCACCUUAAUAUCAUCCCCCCUAAAAGCUUCUUAUUUUUCUCAUAGCAUCCCCUAAGUGUCUUAACGCCGAAAAGAGCUGCGUACCUCCUUGGGCCUCUCGCUACCUUUCAAAUACGAAACUUCCACGAUGGAAAGGCCGCAUCGUGUUCUCCUUACGGGAGCAAACGGCUAUAUCGCACAGCAUAUCCUUUCACAGCUUCUCGAAGCUGGGCACUCGGUGCGUGCCGUAGUUCGUUCGCAAUCUAAGGUCGAUAGCCUGAAGAAAACCUUCGGUAGAUACGUAGAUACGCCGCAGCUAGACUUUGGUGUCGUGCCAGACAUCACGGUUGCCGGCUCUUUCGACGAUGUCUUAGUAUCCCAUCCACCCUUCGACACUGUCAUGCAUACGGCCUCUCCUUUCUUCUUGCGCCCGGUUAAAGGCGAAGUAUUCCUGGAUCCCGCCAUCAAAGGCACGACGGAGAUCUUGAAGAGUAUAACUCGAGUAGCACCAAGCGUAAAACGCGUGACCAUUACGUCGUCGUUUGCGGCUAUUGGCUCUAUGCACACCGACCCUAUUUCGAACCCAGCCAGAACUUACACGUGUGAAGACUGGAACAUUGUUACUCUCGAAGAAGCGUCAGUCACUGAGAACCCCUUGAUCACGUACCCGGCCAGCAAAAAGUUUGCGGAGAAGGCGGCGUGGGACUUCGUGAAAGAGAAUGAAGUUAAGUUUGAACUGGCGACGUUGAAUCCGCCCGCGGUCUUUGGGCCUCUGGUCGACCCGUCUCAAUACACGAAACCGGAUCAGCUAGGCGAGACCUGUUCGUGGAUUUAUAACUCGUUUAUCAGCUCCAGCUUGAAAGCGAGUGAUCCUGUACCCCCAACAUUCGUCUAUGUGUGGAUUGAUGUUCGCGAUCUCGCGCGCGCCCACCUUCUCGCUAUGACAGUUCCCGAGGCUGCAAAUAAGCGGUGGUUCCCCGUAGGAGGUGAGCUGAGCAUGCAAGGCAUCAGUAACAUACUACGAGAGACGCUACCGGAGAAGAGAGACACAAUUCCAAUUGGCGAACCGGAGAAGACGACAAAGCCAGAGGGGUUCUACGAGUGCAGCGCUCCAGAAGUCGAGAAAGUAUUAGGGUUGACGUAUAGGUCAGCGAAACAAUCCAUCGGAGACCUAGCGCCACAGCUGGUCGAUAUUGAGAAGAGGGCGGCUGCGGCUGGGUCUUCACGGACGAAAGAGCCCCAGGGCAUCCUCCGGUGGCUCGCGGCACUCGGAUGGAAAAGGUCAAAGACCGAGUCGUCGGAAGAGAAAGAAUCUCAAGUCAUCGCCCUCAGACAGAAGGUUUCGAGUUUGAUUAGACGGUUGGUGUCAAGAUUGGCUUGAUACGUGUUUGAACAUUCAAAGUCCAUUUUUUGACUUCGGAUUUUCGAACCCAUGAAGAACUUCCUAAUAAUAGUCAUCCUCUCCUAGUCUUGCAAGAGAUAAAGAGGGUGAUCGUUUAAACUUUGAUACGACGGCUCGCUUUCUUCGUCGGGCAGGGAUUGUGACUUCAUAUGUAUUUAAAUACUUAGUACGAGGAAAGGACUUCAACGGAUAAUCAUGAUUUGCUGAGAGAGAAGCUAGAAGAGCAUGUUGGUCUCAAAAUAGAUUAUACCCCUCACGAUGUGAAAAGACCAUCUGCGAGGGAUCCAGAUGUUGGAGUACUGUGCAUUUUUAGUGGGGUGCUUCGAGGUUGGAGUCUCUGCGCUGGAAAUGUAGGUACCUAGUUCUGAUUGCAU